AUGCCCUCUCUCACGCAGCUCCCCCCAGAGCUGCACAUACAGAUCAUCAAAAAUCUGAAACUGUUCCCCGCCACCAUGCUCCUGCGACUCACAAACAAGUACUUCUACAACCUCAUCCACCCCGUCAGCAACGAUAAGAUGGGCCUCUUGGAAUACAAAGCCUACAGCGACGCCCACAAGUUCCGCUACUGCGAGGAUUGCCACCGUCUACGCCCGGGCCAGAAAUUCAUGCCAAGCGACCUCUUCCCGACAGUUUUUGAGCCGAGGAUCUGCAUCGAUUGCGGUAUGCAUAAUAAGAGCUAUGUCUACCCUCGCGGAUUGGUGUUUGAAUCGAAACGGCAAGUUGGAGUGAUGUGUGAGGAUUGUCCAGAGCUGCCCAAAGGCAGCCUGGCCCGCCUUGAAGAUCUCUGUCAGGAGUGCUGGACGAAAGUUGGAGCGGCGGCAUGGGACUUUCCCGUUGUGGAAGAAAGGCCUAAGCGAGGAGGAGGUUCUAAGUCAUCAAGCGAAACUGUUUCAGGGUACGGAGAGGUUGCAUCAUCAGGCUUGCUGCAGGAAAUGUUGGAGACGAUUUGA